AUGCGCGACUACUUUGUUGAAGACUCAAAAUUCGACGAGCCAUUUUUCCAUCAUCGUUUUCGCAUGAGUAAAAGGUUAUUUUUGAAGAUUGUUAAUGAUAUUGAAGCUAGGUUCAAGUACUUUCGAGUACGAUAUGAUGGUCGGGGGAAAAGAAGCUUCACGGCUCUACAAAAAUGCACAUCGGCGAUCAAACAAUUGUCCACGGGUGAACCUCCAAACGCAUAUGAUAAGUAUUUAUGUAUUGCGGAAAGAACAUCACGUGAGAGCCUCGAGUAUUUUUGUGAUGCGUUCAUUGUUUUAUACAAACCGGAGUUUUUAUGUAAGCUGACAUCUCACGAUGUUGCUCUCAUUACACAAGCGCAUCAAGAAAGACACCACAUUCCAGGAAUGCUUGAUAGUUUUGAUUGUACACACAUUGAAUGGGCUAAGUGUCCUAAAUACUUAAAAGGGCAAUACAAGAGGGGUGAUCGUAAGGUGCCGACUAUUAUGAUUGAGUGUGUUGCUUCUUACGACUUGUGGAUUUGGCAUUCGUUUUUUGGUCCCGCUGGAUCAAACAACAAUGCCAAUGUUUUGAAUCAGUCGCCAUUGUGGUCUACAUUUGUUAAGGCAUAUCCGCAUCCAUUCGAAGAGGAUGAAAAGAAGGUCAAAAGACUCCAAGAGGCGGCAAGAAAGAAUGUUGAGCGAACUUUUGGUGUUCUCAAAGAGAAAUGGAAGAUUUUGGAGUGUCCCCUCCGGUUCACGACAAAGGAGAAGAUUGGGAAAAUCGUCGCCACAUGUAGUGUAUUGCACAACAUGAUAAUAAAAGACGACGGGAGAGCAAUAUCACCGGUUCGUAUUAUGGAUCCACCUGCCCCUAUCGUUUAUGACCGGAACGUGCUGAGGGAGUUACAUGACGAAGAAGUCCAUCAUCGCCUCUGGUAUGAUCUGACAGCGCAUGUAUCGGGUUUGGACUUAGCAUACCUUGGCAACCCACAUGUGCAGCCAUCAUCGAUGAAGGCAUUGAUUUAG